UCACUGACACUGACCGAGCAUCACUCUCUCCCAGACGCAAAGAGCUCGCACGUUCUCCAGAACUCGAGAAUUUCUUGUUCUCUUUAAGAGGCAGAUGCAGAGAGACUCUCUGCUCAGAUCUCCAAGAGGAUCCUUUAUGGAACAUUGAAUCUUUUCCAUUCCCCUUCUACGGUUCUAAGAUAUCAAGUGAAAGGUUGAGCUUUAGAACGGUGAAGAGUACAUUUUGAAGUUCUUUUAUUUGGUGCAUGGGCUCAGUUGUAUUUGUGCCAUAUCAUCUACCAUCCAGUUGAAAAAAUGGAAUCAAUUCCUUGGUGUUUAUUGAUACUGUUGUGCCUCGGCUGGGCCUUGGCUGAUCGUGACGAUCAUAUUGAAUUGGAAGAACCUAUGCAUGCCCGGCAGGCCUGGAUCCGCGCUGAUCAGCGCCUGCGCUCGGCCACAAGUAAGAUCAUGCGGAAGGCGCUCCCAGCGAUCAUGAAAGAGGUCUACAAGAAGGAUCUGUCGACCAACUGUCUGACCGGCCUGUUACACACGGCGAACGCCUUCAAGCAAAAUAAAGCAUGGGCAUUCAAGAUGCUGGACGCUUCCGGCCGUCUUCCAGAGGGAUUCCUGCAGGGUACCCUAUCGUCACUGGGCAAUUACCAAGAAUGCGUCGAGAUACGCGUCAACGAGAGCCGGACCAACAUGAAGGGGCAGUAUUGCACAGUCGUCAUGACGCCGCCACUGCCAGACUGGAAGCCCUUCACUUCCAUGCACAUCACCGUUCCAGAGUUGUUCAAUGUCUCAGCCCCAGACUCGGUGAUCACGUACCUGAUGGGGAUGCUUCACAACCUGCACGUGACAUCGGCCAAGAUCGCUAUCUGCACCCCCUCCCUCUGUUCUCGAGAAGACAUCAACAAGCUCACGCAAAUCAUUCCAGAGAAGCUUGGACUUGACUGGAAGUUUGAAGUGAGUCACUGUGAGACGCAAGAACCUCUGCACUUGACUCAGUCACAGCUCAUUGUCAUGUGCUUGAUGGGAGUGUUGGUGUUUGCCGUUCUCUUGGGGACGGCGGUGGACAUGCUGUGUCCCGCAGGCGACACUGAUCACACCACUGUCAAAGCUACCCUCAUCCAAGGUAUGAAAGCAUUCUCUUUCCCGGCCAAUGCCCGCAGAUUGUCGGAGUACACGUGCCCGAACGAGCCCCUGAGCUUUGCUUACGGACUCAUGUUCAUCGUCUUUUAUUGGGUUUCCAUCUCUAACACCUUCAUGUACGUCAACUACGAUGUCACCUCAAAUUUCCUGGAAGCCUUUAAAGUGACUCAAGCAAUGUUUUACGAGAUCGUACUCAACCGAGUGCUUCCUCUGCAAGUUCUCUUCUUCAUUAGUGGCCUGAUGACGACGUAUAGAUGGUUGAAAUCCCCCGAGCAGAACUUGAAUGUGUGUAAAUUUUUAUUGAAACGAUAUUGGAGAUUCACUCCAGCAUAUGCUUUCGCCAUUGCUCUCAUGAUCAUCACGCCCACCUGGGGAUCAGGGCCGUCUUGGUAUUCCCACCUCACACCCGUGUACAACAACUGUAAGGAUCGAUGGUGGUACAAUCUGCUGUAUAUCAACAAUUAUAUGGAUUCCGACAAAGUGUGCCUCGACCACACGUGGAUGUUUGCUGUGGAUGCUCAGCUGCACGUGCUUGCCGUCUUCAUCCUCAUCCCUCUUAAACUGCGUCCCAAGAUAGGCCUUAUGGUUAAUUUGGUUCUGGCGGUGGCCAGCUUGGUAGCAGUGGCCCUCACUAACGUCUACUAUGACUUGCCACCUCUUGAAGCCCUUGCAUUUCUGCAUAUCAAAGACAGACAUUUCUAUGCCGAGCACACGUAUCAACGCGUCUAUGCUCAUGUAUCCUUAUACUGUUCCGGAGUUUUCGUGGCCUACUUUGCACAUCUUUAUCCAAAUCUGAAGAUAUCUAAGAAGAUGAACUGGGCUUUGUGGUUGUUUACUCUGGCCGGUUGCAGCGCCGCUCUGUGCUCCGUACACGCCUGGCGACAGGGUGUCAUGCCUAGUCCUUUGGUGGCUGCCAUCUAUAUCACCCUCAGUAAGGUGGCCCUAGCAGUGUUCCUCGCGUGGGUGUCAAUCGCCUGCAUCACAGGACACGCAUCCGGCCUCCGAGACGUGCUGUCGUGGCGUCCGUUCGCCUUUACUGGACGGCUUUUCUUUAUUGCCUACAUCAUGCAUGUACCCAUCAUAAAUAUGGUUAUGAGCUACAAGAGGGAGCACUUCUUCAUCACAGAUCUCGAACUCUUCUACGUGGUCCUGAAUCAUGUAUCAGGUACUUUAAUCAUUUCUUACAUCCUUCACAUCUUCUUCGAGGCUCCGUUCCUGUCUCUGACGAGUGUGAUCCGGCGGCGCUGCAAGGUGAAGACACUCACCAACAACCAGGGAGAGAAACCCAUUAAGUUCAUGGACAAGGCGGCUGCUUGGAAGGACAACUCUGAGAAAAGUCACUGUUGAACGUCUCUCUCUCAUCACACACCCACGACCGCACGCGGCACGAUGAAAUAGCAGAACACGCAUUUAUUACCUUGCCACAUCUUUUGUACAAAACAUAAACUACCUCAAAACAAGCUCACAAAUCUUUUGCAUGCUAGCAUGCAUGAUUUUGAUCAGCGUUGCUCAUUCAUGGGUCCAAGAACCUCGACCGGCAGAUUGCCAAAGAAUGGUUUCAUUCAUUCGGCAGGGUAGAAAGAUAAAGAAUAAAAAAAAAGAAAUAAAAUUUUAAUCUGUAUUUUCUAUUUGCAAAUAAGCAAAAUUGGUUUGCCAUAUAAGUAUUUUUAUGAUUACUAAAAUGAUUUAUUUAACAAAUGGCUGCACGUCUACGUAGUCAAGCUUCGUCAUGGCUGGCGAUAUUCUUAAUUUUUUUUUUUUUUAACUUUAUGCAACUUCAUGAAAAUGUUAUUUAUGUGUAUGUUAACAUGUUUUAACAUACACAAAGAGCAAUAACAGCACUUAUCAUAUAAUAAAUUUAAUUUCUUUGCGUGUUAAUUUUAAGAACAACAAUAAACAGGCAAUAAAAUAAUAAUUACCUAAAAUCAAAGACAAGGCGACGAAAUUAGAAGCCAAAUGAUUUUUUUUUUUUUUUACGUUCAUCAGUCUAAUAUUACACAGAGUGUGAUAUUAGACAAUUUUCGACGGUAGCAUCACAUGCGUUCUGUGAGCGGCCACUAAAGAGUUAAUUUUAUUACAUUUAGGUUAUUCUAUGGACAAAUUAUUAUUCGCUUUUAUUGUUUUUAUAAAACUGAUUAAUCAGUCUUAGUCGUUAUUAGAGCUCUAAAACUCUGAUAAGUUCAACCACGCGGCUUUAUUUUGGAGCCAAUAAUCGUUUAUCGGAGAUUAAGCUCUAUCAUGUAUAAUGCAUAAUCUGCAAUUCCAUCUUUGUAUUUAGAAAAAAAAACAUUUUAAACGUCUUGAGCACAAAUAAGUUUUUUUAAAGAAUAGAUCAAUUUUAUUUUAAUGUAUAAAAAGUUGUACACAUUUCUCUGGUUCGUUGAACGAACCUUUUUUAUCUAGAGGAUUUCUGUUGCCGCCUCGGAGUUUGUGCUGAAUUUGUGUUCUGCGUUUCAGUUCAAUGCGUGACUGUGUGUACUUUUAAAGCCGGACUUUGUAAAUGUACAUUCCUGUUGCUCAUCAGUAUUUCAUAAUAUUUUUGUAUCAAUAUUGUUUUUAUUUUCAAUAAAGAAGUUGUCUUUUGAUA